GAGAGAGAGAGAGAGAGAGAGAGAGAGAGAGAGAGAGAGAGAGAGAGAGAGAGAAAGGUUGUAUGCAAGGUAGUUUUGUUCCCCGAGCCGAUCGGUGGUAUCGGUGGAGUCGAGGAUUAACAACGACAGGAUCGCACGAGUGGUGACGAAAAAGAGAGAAAAGGAAAGAGAGAAAAAAAGAAAAAGAGGUAUUGAGAAUAUAUAUCGCAGGUUUCGCGCGCAAGGAGGUGAAGCAAGAGAGGCGAGGUGGCGGGCGAGUGUGAGCGCGAUAACACUGGGGCAGAAAGAAGAAAGAGAGAGAGAGAGAGAGAGAGCGAGCGAGCGAACGCGAGGAGAAGCAAAAGAAAGAGAGAUACGUCCGAAUCAAUCGCGCGAGUAUCGUCGAGCCGAGAGUAGCCGCGAGAUAGUGAGUGAUGUGUUCGAUGGACGAGGCGCGUCUCGCGGGCGGUGGUCGUCGUCGUCGUCGUCGGGGUAACGAUAACGCGUCGUGUCGCGCGCGCUGCCACUACUUGGGAUCCGUGAGAAAAGGCGAGCAGUCGGUGAUCAGGCUGGCGGGCGCCGGGGAAACGUUUCCAAGGGCAUGGCGACCACGCCACUAGGCGGUCGCCUCCCUAACGUAAACCGCAAAGGACCAUCUCCGUGUGUCGGUGGUGGUGGUGCUAGUAGUAGUAAUAAUAGUUGUAGUGGUGGUGGUAACGGCAACAACAACAACAACAUCAACAACAACGCCGCCAGUAACGGUAACGGCAGCAACAGCAACAGCAACAGCAACGCUUGCGGCGGCGGCGGCGGUGGCGGCAGCAACGGCAACAACAUCAACAGUAACAGCAACAACAGUAACAACAGUUUGGUAGCCGGCGGACAGUCUCGGCGGCAAGAAAGAACGCUGCUCGGCCGUGAACACCGCGACCAUCGCCACCAUCAUCAUCACCAUCAUCACCAUCAUCAUCACCAUCAUCACCACCAUCAGGGUCGGGACAGGUCCUUGUCGUCGUCGUCGUCGUCGUCAUCGUCCGGCCAGCAGCGUGAGCCUAAAGCAAGCACGGUGGCGGCUGCUAACGCCGGUGAGCUGGAUCCGGCCGCGACGAAUGCGACCAACAACUUCGAGUACGACGAUAACGAAUGGGACAUCGGCAUAGGAGACCUGAUAAUCGACCUUGAUGCGGACAUUGAGAAGACGAGGGACGAGAAAUUGAGCUCGGGGACAGGCAUGGCUUCUACGCCUGCCUCGGCAGCAUCGGCAACGAAUAACGCGAAUCAUCAUCAGUUGCAGAACUCAGCGGGCAGCGGAAGCGGCAGCGGAAGCGGCAGCGGCGGCAGCGGUAGCGGCAGCGGCAGCAGCGUCACGGGCGGUAGCAGCAGCAGCAGCAGCAGCAUCGGCAUCGGACAAUCGUCUUCGUCGUCGUCGUCGUCGUCCUCCUCCUCCUCGUCUACGUCCUCGUCGUCCCUCUCGUCGUCGUCCACAUCGUCCACGUCAUCGUCGUCGUCGUCCUCCUGCGGCAACCUCAACUCCACGGCUCGCUCCAACAGCCCCGGGAGCAGCGGCGGCGGCGGCGGUAGCAGCGGCAUCGUUAGCGGCGGCGGCGGCGGCGGCGGCGGCGGCAACAGCAGCAGCAGCAGCAGCGGCAGCAUCAGCAUCAGCAUCAGCAGCAACAGCGGCGGCGGCGGCGGCGGUACAGGCGCCAACAGCUGCGCCGGCAGCAACGGCGCCGGCGGUAACGCGAACGGCACGUCAACCGUGGCCGGUAACAAGCAGCAGCAGCCCACGGGCGUCGUGAGCGGCGUAAACGCCGUCCACGGUAACGCCGGCAAUCCCGGCAAGAUGGCCGUUGAACACUCGGCCACCGUCGACAAGGGCCUCAAGAUGAAGAUCAAGCGCACCAAGCCCGGCACCAAGACCAGCGAGGCCAAGCACGAGAUCGUCAAGUCGAACGAGAUCAACGGCACCGCCUCGUCGCAGGACGCGGCCAACGCCUCGGCCGCGUCCUCCGCGUCCGUCACGUCCGCCGCCGGCGGCUCGGCCGCCGUUUCCGUCGCGGUCGCGCAGAACUCACAAAAUUCCGAUUGCGGAGCGACCGGCGGCGGCGGCGGCGGCGGCGGCGGCGGUGGUGGUGGUGGAAGCGGCGGUGGCGGCAGCGGUGGUAGCAACAACGGCAACGGUACCAGCGGCGGCGGUGGUGGCAGCGGCGGCGGCGGCGGCGGCGGCGGCGGCCAAUCGUCCUCCUCCUCCUCCUCCAACAAGUCCUCCAAGCCGAGUCACAACACCCCAACGUCCGCCAGCGGCAACGGCGCCGCGCCGUCCUCCACGGCGGGCUCGAAGCGCGGCUCGAGCGGUCAUCGGCGCGACAAGGCGCGCGACAAGCACGACAAGCCGCAGAGCAAUCACACGCCCCAGCAGACCAAGCCGGAGAUGAACGGCACCGCGAGGCCCACUCCGCAGAGUCAGAACUCGGCGGGUGGCGCGACGCAGUCGCAGGGCCCGACGCCGGCCGCCACGGCGCCGCAACAGACUCAGGGACCACCGCCCAGCUCGAGGACAGGUUUUUCCGUGUCACAGGGCCCGGGACCACCCGCGACCAGCGCGGCAGCGCCUUGCCCGCCACCCAGCCCGGCGAGCGCGACCGCCGCCGGUGCAGCCGCCAAGCCGGAGCAGACCAAGGUCGCCGCGGUGCCGGGUCCACCACUGACCACGCAGGCCGAGGAGGCCUGCGACACCGCCGCGAGCCCUCCACCCGCCAAGAAGAUGAAGACUUCCAACUCCGAACCAAAGGACAUGUCCGACGUGUGCGUUGGGACCAGUGUGGGGACCAUUACAGAGCCGGAGUGUUUGGGGCCCUGCGAGCCCGGCACCUCCGUCACCCUCGAGGGCAUCGUUUGGCACGAGACUGAAGGAGCAGGCGUAUUAGUGGUGAACGUGACGUGGCGCGGCAAGACGUACGUCGGGACGCUCCUGGAUUGUACCCGCCACGACUGGGCGCCACCCAGGUUCUGCGACUCGCCUACGAGCGACCUGGACGCUCGCACGCCGAAAGGCCGCGGCAAGCGGGGUCGUGCGGCCGCCAAUUCCACACCCGGUAACGACCUGAGCAACUUCACGGAGACCAGGAGCUCGGUGCACAGUAAACUGCGCAACGGCGGCAAAGGUCGCAGGGGUGCGCAGGGUUCGCCUGCCGCCAGUCCGAGUCCGGCGGCCUUCGUGCCACCGCGUCCGGACCCAGCGGCGAAGCGCAAAUCUCGCGGCCCCGAAGAGGAGGAGAAGAACAAACGACGGGCGCCGCCACCUACUCCGCCGAGCGGCUCGCCGCCGGCGAGCCCGGUGUUGCUCGAGUGCCCGGAGCCGAACUGCAGCAAGAAGUACAAACACAUCAACGGGCUCAAGUACCACCAGAGUCACGCCCACGGCUCCGCGGACGACGACGACACGAAGGAGGGCAUCACCAGCAUGUCCGAGAACGACGAGAGCAACAUCGAGGCUCCGAGUCCGGCGACGCCGGUGAAAUCACCGGCGGACAAGCCGGAGGGCACACCAGUACGCGCGGCGAGUCCGCCGGCGACUAGUCUGCCACCGGAGACACCACCGCCACCUCCCAGAGUACCGUCACCGAGUAUAGAACCUCCUACGCCGACUGUGCUCGCGGACAAGAGCAUCGUGAAGCCGGGUGUACUGAGGUUCGGUCAAGACGACCUGCCGGCGCCGAGUCCUGUGGCGCCACCUUCGUCGAGGCAAACUUCGGUGCAGCAGCAGCAGCAGUCGUUGCAGCAACAGCAGCAACAGCAGCAGCAGCAGCAGCAGCAGCAGCAGCAACAACAAAGCCAGUCGUUAAACUCGUCGAACCCGCCGCAGAGUCCGAGUCCGCACACCAGUCAGUCUCCCAGGCCCAUACCGUCGCCACAUCCGAUCACGAAUAUCCCUCAGCCCAUCAACAUACCGCAACCACCGCAGCCUUCGCAGGUGCAGCAGCAUCAGCCGCAGAAUCCGCUGCUGCAACAGGCGCAACAGUCGCUGCAGGUGGGCCAAGCGCCGCAACAGCUGCAGCCUAGCCAACAACAGCAGCAACUGCAGUCAUCGGUACAACAGCAACUGCCGCCGGCGCAUCAGCUGCAGCCGAUGCAGCAUCCCCUGUCGGCCCAACUGGGUCAGCCGACGCAAGCGCAUGUGGUGCAACAGUCCGGACUGCAGCAGCAGCAACAGCAGCAGCAACAGCAGCAGCAGCAGCAGCAGCAGCAGCAGGCAAGUCUGCAGAGUAUAGCGAGUCAACAUCCGGGUCUGCAAAGUCUCGCGAGUCAAGUGUCGCAACAAGCGAGUCUACAAGUGGCACCGCCGCCACCGCCGGGUCACCCGGUUCAGAGCGUGCAGUCGCAUUUGCAGCAGUAUCAAAGCGUGUCGCUGCACACGGCGAAGAUGCCGCAGUUCAAGGUGAAGCCCACCGCGGCGCUCAUGCCGGAGCAGGAUAAAAGCAAGAAUGACGCGCGCACACCGAAGCCGCAGGGCUACAAGAAGAAAUCGCGGAAGUCGCCCGGCGGUAGCCCGCAUCCUUCGCCAUUGGAGGCGCCUAUCGUCGACUCUGCACGCGACGAUGUACAGAGUCCGGCUUACUCGGACAUAUCGGACGACGCCGCUCCGGUGCUCGAAGCCGAGUCGGCUGACAAGUCGAAGCAGAACCAAGACAAGGACAACAAGACGAGUGCGCCCACGCACCUACCCGCUCACUUCAGCAUGUACCCGUACUACAGUCAGCCACCUUAUCUGGUGCCCACCGUGCAGGAAAGCAAACCGGUGGUCGAUCAGAAGCCGAGCGACCUCACGCCCAAGCAGGAGAUCAAGCCGCUCAAUAUACCGCAGAUGCCUUCGAUGGCGAGCCUACAGAGCGUCGUGUCGGAAAAGGAGAAGAAGGAACUGAGUCAGCCGGUGCCGCAGCCGCAGCAGCAGCCGCACUACUACAGCGGCUACGGUGGCUACAUGCCACCGGGUUAUCCGUACCAGCCGCCGCAGCCGGUGUCGCAGCAGCAGCAGCAACAGCAACAGCAACAGAGCCAACAGUCGCAGGAGCCGGAUCUGCACGAGCAGAAGGCGAAGAUCAAGCAAGAGCCGCAGCCGCAGCCGAGCCUCAAGGACAAGCAGCACGAGAAUCAUCAGAUUCUCAAGGAGAGCCUCGACUUGAAGAACCAGAUGGGCACGUACCACGUGUACCACGGCUCGCAGAGUCAACGAGGCGGUCCACCGCCGCCACCCGGGCCUAUUCAGGACGACAGGAGGUACUACAUGUACCCGGAGCAAAGGCGGAAGGACGACUCCAGCAAGCAGAACCAACAGCCGAAGGCGCCGCCGCCCAGCCCGAAGCACCAGCCGAAGCAGGAGAAACCGCAGGACCUCGGCAAGAGCGAAGACUCCAAGAGCAAGCAGGAGGGCGUGAAGCCCACGAUGGAGACGCAAGGACCGCCACCGCCGCCUACCUCGCAGUACGCUUACAUCCACCCCACCUAUAUGCAGGCGCAGCACUACGGCGCGUUGCCGUUCGACCCGGGUCAUCCGGUAUACCGUGGCCUCAGUCCGAUGAUAAUGCCCGCACCCUACUCGGGUGGUCCCUACCUCCACCAACUGCCGAGGUAUCACGCGCCGGAGGACCUCAGUCGACCGCCUGGCGGCAAGGCGUUGGAGCUGCUCCAGCACCAUGCGAGCCAGUAUUAUUCGGCGCACAAGAUACACGAGCUUCAGGAGCGCGCGCUCAAAUCACCCACACCCAAGACGUCCGCCGCGUCCUCCAGCCCGUCCUCAGCGGGUCCCACGCCAGCGCGUCCACCCAGUGGUCCACCAACGUCGGUAGCGGGCCCGGGUCCACCGCCGGGACAAGGACAACCACCGUCUGGGAAGCAGCAGGGUCAGCCGGGUGGUCAACAACAGCCACAGGGCGCGGUGGACGCCAGCAGCGGGACUCUCGGCAAGGAUAAUAGGUCACCACCGCCGCAACGGCACGUGCACACGCAUCAUCACACCCACGUGGGCUUGGGUUACCCCUUGCUCACGGGACAAUACCCCGCUCCCUACGGAGGUAAGCCUCUCGUCAGGCCCUGACAGUAAAGCGACCCGCGGGACCCAGCAAAGCGAGCGAUUUAGCGAGCGAGAGAGAAAAAGAUAAAGAAAGUAAGAGCCGUGUGUGUAUGUAUCUAUGUGUACGCGUACGCGUAGCAUAAAGAGUGCACGUGUUAUAUGACGCGUUAAAUGCGUCUGCCAGGAUGCGCAACUACCGUUGCCGUCGCUGCCUGCACCGGCUUGCUUUCAUGUAUGGAGACUCUGACGCUCGACGAAGUUGUGAAAAACGCUUCCUUUGCGACCGACAGAUCCCUUGCGGCGGGUUAAUGCGAAAAGCGAGACACGCGAGAGGCGCCGGGAGACGCGUGAUGAUUCAUCACGAUCGAUUCCCCCGGGAUCCAUGCUCGUUGUUUUCCGCGAAUGCUGUGACACCAACGAGAGAAAGAAAGAGAGAGAGAGAGAGAGACCGUCUACUUCGUAAGACCAUGCGUUUGUAGUCGAGAUAAACAAAAAGGGGUGUGCCCUUAGAUGCGCGCGUCUCUGCGACUCGUCGACACUGCGAACUGUCGUUACGUCCGUCACGAUCGACUUGUAUCCGUAAGUUUUUAUCAAAUCGGACCGCACGGUCGUUCUCACUCCGGCGCGAUACCGUGCGAGAACGUCGUUUAUAAAGCAGUCGCGGCCUCUGGAGAAUGCGCCUUUUCAAGUAAUCGACACACGAUUCCGCCGUUUGUUCUCUAAGACACGUAACGUACGUUCGCCGUGUUGCCCACGUGUUCCCGAUGAUUCGAGGUCGAAUCGAAUGCGAUGUGAGAAUGACAGAGAGAAAAAGAGAGAGACGACUUCGAUGACGAACGACGAAACGGCGAACCGACUGUUUCUAGUUUCUCCUUAUCGAAAACGGACGUGCGAUCGUCCGACAAAACGGGUAAAACUCGGCCGGGUAUUAAUUAAGGGCCCGAGUAUCUAAACGACGUACACCAUAUUGGUGCAUAUGAGAUGAAGAGAAAAUUAAGAAAAGAAAGAUAAAAUAAAAUAUAAAGAGGAUACACACGCGAUGAGUCCCGAUGAGACGAAUAUGCAACAAAAGGGGACCGCGCGCGCGCGGCAGGAGUUCUCUCUCCGUUUGAGAGUCAAUCCGCGCGCCGAGUCUCCUCUCCGAGGUACUAUUUUAUUACCAGACCAAUAAGAGAACGAGAGAGCGAGCGAGCGAGAGAAAGAGAGAGCGAACGAGAAAGAGAGAGAGAGAGAGAGAGAGAGAGAGAGAGAGAGAGAGAGAGAGAGAGCGCACGAGAAAGAAAGGGAGGGAGAAACGUGUUUCUUUCUGUUUUCCCCUUCCAUUGUUCCUUCCUUCUUUUUUUAUAAAAGAAAAGAAAAAAGAAUCGAUCGGAACCUUCUUCUAAUUGUAAAGGAGCGUUGUUCUACGCCUUGGUUGUGGGCCCUGUUUCGUUUUUUUUUUU